ACGUGCAGAAACCACUAAUUUGAAAUUAUACAAAUGUCAAAUACGGUAUUUGAAAUACCUAUUUUAUAGGUAUUAUAGAAAUAUCAUAUAUUGGUUGGUAUAUAUUCUCCAGACCUAAAAGCCAGAGUUCAUUAGUUCAACCGUUGGUUUAAUAUUAUGGCACUACAAAAUUCAUCGAACGAAAUCAUUGUGACUCCGUGGUCUUCUGAUUCAGAGUGGCAGUCGCUUAGACAAGAUAUAUUUGGCAAUAAAGAUACAAGUAACUAUAAACAAGCUUUAAGAAAACUUUUACUAUGGAAAUCUAGAGGAAAAUCAUUAUGUCGAGGUUUAUAUUGCACUGAAAUUAUAUUACAAGUUAUCGUUAAAGAUGUUUAUUUUUAUGAAGUUGAAGAACCUACCAAUGAAAGUGAUUUAAUUCGUUUAUAUUCCAUGGCUAUAAUGAAGUUUGUCAAUUUGACAGCUGACAUUAUUGGAAAAGGUCCACAGAAGUCUAUGUAUUAUAGAGCUUCUCGUUUACAACUACCUUCAUGGUUAAUUGAUAUGCGACACAAAAUUUCACAUGACCAAGAUUUACCUACCCUAAAAUCUUUGAGAGUUGCUAUGGAAUUUGCACUAGAAUGGUUACAAAUACAUUAUUGGAACAACGAUGAAAAUUUCUUGGUUAUUCCGAAAAAAGUGCACAUACAGGUUGUUUAUGAAUUUAAAGACUUAUUGGAAUUCUACAUAUUAAGCAAAAGUCAAACUAACGCCGCUCUUAAGCAAAAUAAAUUAAAUGUUUUAAGAGAGAAAUUGAACAUGUCUGAAUGUUCCAACAAAGAAUGUGUGAAGAAAAUUAAAGACCUUAUAGCCAUUAAGGAUUGGUCCUCAGAUUUAGUUAAUGUAUUUACUACACAAUAUUUAUCUCAAGCUCAUGAAUGCAAUGUAUCUAAAGGUAGAAUUUCCAAGACAGAUAAAGCRAUCUGGAAUGUUUUAUUUAAAACAUUUAAUAACUCCGGUUUACUGACAAAUGUAUUACAGUGUUUGGUCACUCAUCAUUCACGUAUAUCGGCUUUGUGGGUUUUGGAAUUGUGUAUUGUAACAUAUAAAAGCAGCAAAAAAAUUGACUUGAAAAAUAAUCAAAAUGACAACUGUAUGAACUGCAAACCGAUGAAUUUGGAUGCAAAUCUUGUUUUAAGGACUGCACUGCAAUCACCACAUCUCUUCACUAAUAUAUUUUUAAAAUGGUUAUUACAAAUACAAUUGAGUCCAUUGAAAGUAAAACAAUAUCACAACAUAAUUAAAUUAGUGUCGUUGUAUACUGGCGAAAUGAAGGUUAGCUCAAAAAAUAUUGAUCAAAACAAUAUAUUUACAGUUGAUGAUUUAUCCAGCAAAGAUGAAACUGAUCAUCAAUCACAAUGGUCAAAAGCUUUUGGUCUUAUGAAUUGGAGACAAGUACAAUUUGGCACUACUCUUUGAACAUUCUUGAACUAAAUACAAAUUGUACAUCCUAAUAAACAUCAAGAUAACAUUUCUUUCUUUAUAUGUGUGUUUUUUUUUCAGCUUUUAUAAUUCACUAGAGUCAUGCCUAUUUGUGUUAAUAUACUCUUGAUGCAUUUAAACAACUAAGAGUGUGCUUAAAAAUCAGAUAAAGUAUAUACUGAUAAAUUUAACAUUUAAACUAUUUAUAACAAAUAACAUAAAAAAAAAAAAAAA